AUGGCGGUCCGUGCAAGGGUGUCCUUUCAAGGCUUUCUUUACACACAAAGUCCCUUUAUUAGAUUCAGCAGAAAUGUCCACGCUGAGUCACCACAGCCCGACGCUGUCUAUCCUCCUAUUCUGCCAUCAAGGACUGCCAAAAGUCACGCUGCGAAAAGUAGGAGAAUUGUCGAAUUCUUCGACCGGUUACGGGCGGCCAGCGUAGAGGAUAAAAUCAGAGCCCUCACGUGUGUGCAGCGGAAGAAAUACGUGAUCUAUCCUCAGACCUUUGCUUUAAAUGCUGAUCAGUGGUACCAGCAUUUCACCAAAACAGCAUAUCUUCCUGGCCUGCCAGAAAAGCUUUCUAGUACAACUGAGGCUGAAACAGAAUCGGCGAACGCGGAACAGUCAACAUCUCUAGUCACUGAUGACCCGUCGCUCUCCGAUGUUCGUUCUUUGGUGUGCAAUGCGAUUCUGCAAGAACACUGGUACAAGAAGAAAAGCCGCACGAUUUUAUAUAAAGAGCAGCAACAAGUUGUUGCACCGUUUUUGACAAAUGUAGUGUCAGGUGUCACCAAUAUAUUAGCCAAACAAAACCCCCUGCUUCGCACGUCUAGCCUAGAUUUUGACCCUCAAGUCAACUUCUACUGGUUAAGAGGGCAGAGGACCAUUCCAAGGGGACACCGGAGUGGGCGAGUCGAGCCAGUCAGAUUCCAGAUUGAUGACAGGCCUCACAGCCAGAUAAGGGUCUUGAACCAGCUCCCUGAGUAUGUUCCUCUUGAGGCAGAAAUCUCGGCAGAGGUUCCGGUCAUCCGUUAUUCUCCUGACGUGCUGCCUGCUUUCAGGAGGCAGUAUGAUAAUAACAUCUUCACAGGAGCUAAAAUUGCUGACCCUUGUCAGUAUGGUCACACCCAGUUCCAUUUUGUCCCUGACAAGUUUCGUCGGGACAAAAUGGGCAAAAAGAAGCUGAGUGACCAAGUGGAAGUGUACCUGAGAGCGAAUGGCAUUGCCAGUCUCUUCGCAUGGACAGGAGCACAGGCCAUGUAUCAAGGUUUCUGGAGUCAAGAGGAUCUGACAAGGCCUUUUGUAUCCCAGGCUGUCAUCACUGAUGGACAGUACUUCUCCUUCUUCUGCUAUCAGCUCAACACUCUUGCUUUGACCUCCCAGUGUGAAGCUGACAACACUAGGAAGAAUCUGUGCUGGGGUACAGAAAGCAUGCGACUGUAUGAGAGCAUCACAGACAGCAAUGUCAUUGGAUUGAAUGAUGAUGUUCUGAGGCUUCUAGUUCAGUUUCUUUUGAAUAAGCCAUAAUUUGAGAGUCAUGAAGUGUAAUUUGUCUGGAUCAUGACAGUCUUUUUUUUUUUCUUUUUUUUGUCCUUAGCUGCAUUGUAUGUGUCAAGCUGUCAAUAAACCUAAUAUAUGCUUCAAAAA